GAAAGUUUCUAACAUUCUUUAAUUCAUUACUAUGAGCAAGAUCAAUAAUACAAACAAUAUAUGAUAGCAGCCGAAUACGGCAAAUUUCACAUCAGAUGCUUUAUUUUCAUUGUUUUGCAUCCAAGGUAAUGCACCGUAUUCGCGUUUAAUUGUCUCACUUGUGUUGUGAUAACUGGUGCUAGCGCACCGAUUUCCGUGCCGGCGUGAAAGUAACUUCGUUCUUACAAAUAACUCAAGAAAUGGCCGAAAAAAUCGUGAGCGAUCUUAGGCAAUCGUUCGAAAAUGCAAGACCCAGAUCCCUAAAGACGAGAAUAAAUCAGCUGAAAGCGUUGAAACGGUUGUACGAGGAGAACAAGAAUGAGAUGUGUAAUGCUCUUGCCCAAGAUCUGCGUAAGAGCACCCAGGAGGCCCUUUGUAUGGAGGUGGACUUUCUGAUCAAUGAUAUAAAGAAUGCAUUGGGGCACAUCCACGAGUGGGACAAGCCAGAAAGGCCCGCAAAGGGUUUUGCAAAUAUGCUUGACAGUGCUUACAUUUACAAUGAUCCUUAUGGUGUAGUUUUAGUUAUUGGUGCUUGGAAUUAUCCCUUGCAACUGACCUUUUUGCCAGUUCACGGUGCAAUAGCAGCAGGAAACUGCGUCGUUAUAAAACCAUCCGAAUUGGCUCCCGCCACGGAGAAAUUUAUCGCUGAAUGUAUCCCGAAAUAUCUUGAUCCGGAAAUUGUGCGAGUUUUCAAGGGUGGCGUUCCCGAAACCACGCAACUGUUGAAACAGAAAUUCGACUACAUCUUCUUCACCGGAUCCACAGUCACUGGAAAAAUCAUACACGCGGCCGCCAAUCAACACCUAACUCCAACAACGUUGGAACUCGGCGGAAAAUCUCCGGUAUACCUGGACAACACGGCCAACAUAGAGACGGCCACCCGCCGAAUAUUGUGGGGUAAAUGCGUGAACGCGGGCCAAACGUGUGUCGCACCGGAUUAUCUGCUCUGCACCAAAGAGGUGGAAGAAUCCUUCAUUGCGACGGCCAAGAAGGUGCUGAAGGAGUUCUACGGCGAAAACGUCAAGGACUCCCCCGAUUUCGGCAGGAUUAUCAACGACAGACAUUUCCAACGAGUUGUUGGACUGCUCAAAAGUGGAAAGAUUGCUAUUGGAGGUGUUACCGACCCCUCUGAAAGGUUUAUUUCACCGACCAUAAUAACCGACGUGACCGUCAACGACCCAGUCAUGAAAGAGGAGAUUUUCGGCCCAAUUCUGCCGAUUGUCACCGUAAAAAAUGUCGCCGACGCCAUUCAUUUCAUCAACGGUCGCGAUAAGCCGUUGGCCAUGUAUAUUUUCUCUAAUAAAGCACAAGACGUGGAGUUAAUGUUACAGAACACUUCAUGUGGUGGCGUUACUGUCAACGACACUAUUAUGCAUUUGUCUAUGGAUACUCUGCCGUUCGGGGGAGUCGGUAUGUCUGGCAUGGGUCAAUACCAUGGCAAAUACAGUUUCGACACUUUCUCACAUAAGAAAAGUAUUUUAUACAAAGAUUUGGGUGCUAUAGGGGAGAAAUUGGCGACUGCUAGAUAUCCACCUUACUCCCCCGGAAAAAUAAAAUAUUUGAAUUUCAUGCUAUCUUCGAAGCCGGGUCUGCCUUUGAAAUUCGUUCCGUAUUUAUUGAUGUUCUUGCUUGGCUAUGCGGCGUCUUUCGCCGUUAAGUAUUAUUGGAAGCUUUAGGCUGUGAUUAAUUCGCUUUUAUUUUAUUUUUUCUACGCUUAUAGAUGUGUGGAAUAGUUUAUAUAGUCAUCACAUUGCAUUUAACGGACAACUAGUAUUAGAUGUAAACGUAAAAGUAUAGCAACGUUUUAUUAUACGUAUAUUUUUAUAUUGUCAUUGUUAUGUGGGUUUUGUUAUUGGAAUUAUAUUUUAAUAAAAUAUAUUUUAAUUGUA